AUGUUAUUAUUGAUUUUGUUAUUAAAAUGUAUAGAUUGUUCAAUUACAGAGACCUAAACUACAAGACUUAGGUAAAGUUGUUAAUCAAAAUCAACAGGCUACUUCUGGAAUGGAUAACAAUGUUUGAGAUGUAGAUCACCUAAUUGUUAAUGUGAGAGUUAAGGCGGGUGCACUUCUUGCAUCGAUAACUAUUAUUAUGACAAGGAGGAUACAGACUGCAAACCUUGUCCUAAAGGCUGUUAGAAUUGUUGCAAGAAUCCUUUAUUAACAUAAUAUGUUUGUACAUUAUGUCAAUCAGGAUACAGGAAUAUAAAUGGUGUUUGUGUCUUUAUGGGUCGAUGUGCUUUGAUUUCAAUGCAUGGGCGAUGCUUAGAAUGCGAUACAGGAUACUACGUUGAUUUUUAAUUUGUUUGUCGACAAUGUGGAGAAGGAUGUGAAAAUUGUGCUAAUUUAGCAUUUUGUAACAAGUGUCAAGAUGGAUAUUAUUUAACCACUUCACUAUAAAAUCUUGUUUGCAAACUAUGUAGUGUUAGUGGUUGUAAAACAUGUGAAAAAGAUGUAUGUUAAGAGUGCUAACGAGGGUAUUAUAAAGAUGGUUCUAAUUCUUGCAUUCAGUGUAUUAAGGAUUGUGACACUUGUGAAAAUACUACGCUUUGUCAAGUUUGCAAUUACUAUUCUAUACCAAAUGAAGACAAUACAAAGUGCAACAGGUGCUAAGAUUUAUUUCCUAAUUGCAUGGAUUGCAUUACUCUAUUCAGAGAUGAUUAAUCUUCCUAUUUUGAAUGUUCAUAAUGUUUAAACGGCUAUUUUUAUAAUGAAGAUGAGAAAAAAUGUGAAACUUGCAUAGCCAAUCAAGAAAACACAGCUCACAUUAGAAGAUGCGAAUCCUUGGAGAUGAUCACAUAAUGUCAGCCUGGCUAUUUGUUACUUUAGGAUAGGUAUGUAGAUCUAGCAAAAGAAAUCCCAUACCUUUUAAAAUAUACUUGCAUUAAAAAUAUUUAUAAUUGUGCAACAAUAAAUGAUUAGAAUGGAUAUUGCAAGUCUUGUUUAACGGGUUUCAUUUUAUUUAUUGAGAAUUCUACAUCCAAAUGUAUAACAUGCAAAGAAAAAACAUAAAAUUGUUUAGAUUGUUAUAUAACUCCCAAGAAUGUAUUUUAAUGCAUUUAAUGUGCAGAGGGUUAUUUCUUAGAAUUGGAUGGAAAAACUUGUUCUUCGUGUGGAGAUAAUUGUAUCACAUGCGAUUAAAAAGUUAAGCAAUGUGAUAUUUGUAAGGAAGGAUAUAUCUAGUUAAAUGGAGUUUGCGAAAGUUGCGAAGUUGAAAACUGUAGAAGUUGUCAUGAAAAAGGUGUUUGCGCCGAUUGUGAGGAUGGUUAUGGAGCUAUUGAUGGAAAAUGCAAAAUAUGUUAAUUUGGAUGCAAGCAAUGUAAUUUUAACUAAGAAUUAUGCCAAAAAUGCAUGGAUAAUUACUUUUUGUACAUGAAAUCCUGUGUGCCUUAUCCUAGUCAUUGUCUUGAAACUAAUGAUGAUGGAUUUUGCUAUCUAUGUGAAACAAUCAUAGACUAUGAUACUAAAUUGGAUUAGUUUGUGGAUGAGGGUAAUGAGCCUCCUACUUAUAAGGAGCAAACAAUUUCCACAUUUUUUAAAAGUGUCAAUGGCUAUUGCUUAAAAUGCAGUGAUUAUGAUACUGGAUAGUACUUCUGUCCAGACACCUGUUUGAGUACGAUUCAUUCAUCUGAGAUGGUGCUUGCCUUUUUCUGGUUAUUCCACAUUAUUUUAUGA